CUAUCGGUGGUACCAUCGAUGGACUUCCCAGCUCUACCGUCGGUGGUCUUCCAGCUCUUCAGUGCAUUACAAAAAAGACAAAUAUAAAGAAGACAAAGAAAAAACAUUGAAAGCGCAUCGAAAGAAAGUAUUUGUAAAUACUGUUAUCAAAUUUUGCAGUGAAGAUGGCGCCUACACCGCUACCUCUGGAGCAAAUGCCCGGUGUUGGUGGUGGUGGCUAUUUGCCAGCCGGACAAGAGGGAAAUCGAUCUGGCGGCAAUAACACAAUGUCCAUGUCGGUGCUCAUUGACUUCAUUAUCCAACGCACCUACCAUGAGCUAACGGUGCUAGCCGAAUUACUUCCCCGCAAAACGGACAUGGAGCGAAAAGUGGAGAUUUACGACUAUGCGGCUAGGACGCGACAUUUGUUUACUCGACUGAAUGCCUUGGUCAAGUGGGGUAAUUCAGUGUCCAAGGUAGACAAGUCAUCACAAAUCAUGAGUUUUCUAGACAAACAGAAUAUGCUGUUUGUAGAGACAGCCGAUAUGUUGGCCAGGAUGUCACGUGAAACGCUUGUACGUGCUCGUCUACCUAAUUUUCAUAUACCUGCAGCAGUAGAGGUACUAACCACUGGCACGUACAACCGUUUGCCUACCUGUAUCCGCGAAAGAAUUGUGCCGCCAGAUGCUAUAACGGCAGCAGAAAAGAAGCAAACAUUGCUGCGUCUAAAUCAGGUGAUUCAACAUAGAUUGGUCACUGGCAAGCUGUUGCCGCAGAUGCGCGAAUUUAGAAUUCGGAAUGGACGAGUUACCUUCGAGGUGAAACAUGAGUUCAGUGUGGCCCUCACAGUGAUGGGCGAUAGCCCCAAUGUGCCUUGGCGACUGCUGGACAUUGAUAUUCUGGUAGAGGAUAAGGAAACAGGCGAUGGAAAAGCUCUAGUGCACCCUCUACAGGUGAACUACAUACAUCAACUUAUCCAAGCGCGUCUGGUUGAGAAUCCCAAUGCUCUGAGCGAAGUCUACAACUGUCUUCACUACUUCUGUCAAUCUCUGCAGCUGGAGGUCCUGUAUACGCAGACUCUACGCUUGAACUAUGAACGCCUGGAUGAGAAUAAUAUUACAGUUGAGGAAUAUCUGCCGGGUGUGAAGCUUACUGUAUCCUAUUGGCGUGACCUGAAGUCGGAACUGGGCUAUCGGCUUACAGUCCAGUCGGAUCCAAGUGAGAUUGGCCGCCCCCUAGCUGUAGUCCAUGUUCCCUCACUGGGAGCCAAGGAAUCUGCCGAUGUGGCGGAUCGUGCCGUACGCUCCGAACAUCUUUCCAUGGAACGAUUAAUUGUGCACACAGUGUACAUACGUUCAGUGUCCCGUUUGAGUGAUCUUAAAUUAGAGUUCCAAGCAUUUUUGAAAGAUGUUGAUUGUGAGUACAAAACAAAUUUUAUUAUUCAAUGCGGCCGUGACCUCAUUAUUUUCCAAUUCUUUUUAGUCAAUCUCCAAGGAACGCCGGCCAUUCUGACAGUGCCCGUACUAUCUCCUUGUCUUCGCGCAGAGCAAAUUCAUAUCACUAUUGACACUCAUACUGGGAUGUUCCGAUGCCAUGUGCCCAAGCAUUUGGAUUGUCCCAUCACUGAUGAAAUGCAAGACUCAUUAAAUGGUGACAGAAGUAAAUUGCCCUCACUGCUGUCGGAGUUACGGUAUUGGAUAACACAUCGUCGUUGUGAAAAGACUUUGCAACAUUUACCAGCGACGGCCACCGAGACUUUGCCAUUUCUGACGCUUCCCGACCAGGAAUUACUUCAGCAAGGUCGGCACAAAAUCUAUGUGAAGCUGCAUCGUCAUCCGAAUAUCAUAUUGGUGGUCCAGUUGAAAGAAAAGUCUCAUAUGCCAAAUGAAAUGGAAUACACUUUCCAUUUGGGUUUUGUUGCAUAUCAAAAAGAUGAAGUCGAUGUUAUUGAUGAUGGUGCCAAACAAUUGGUCUCUGUGGUGGCUCAAUCGCAAUCUGAGAUACCAAAAUUCUACACCAAACUAAUGCGACUCAUUGAGUUUGAUACAUUUGUAGCCACCCAUGGCCCUGGUACCGAUGUUGAUGCAGAAAUUUCUCCGCAUAAGCGUAAAUCGAAUGGCGAUAUUCUGGCUCCUCCAGCGAAGCAACAGAAAACGAUUUUCCCAGCAUAUUUCAUACCCGAAUUGGCCCAUGUGGUUGCCAUGUGUGAUGAGAAGAUACCGUUUAUGAAUUUGGCACAGACAUUAUCCAAGCAUAAUAUACCUCACAGUGGUCUCCAGGUAGAGGCAAAUGCUACCAGCUUGGUGUUAAAGAUACUUGCUUUGCCUCAGCCGGGCAAAACGCCACCAGUGGUUGGCGGCGAGGCAAACAAACCGCCCACUUUGAGUGCUCCUGCUGCCCCAUUGCCCAAAAUAGAGAGUCAUGUGUGGGAAGAUUUGCAGCGUCGCGUUCUAUCCAUUUCUGUACGCUCCCAGACUAAUAAGAACAGUCAAGUGAGAAUAUGGGUAGUGGAGUUCGUAUUCUAUAGCACACCCCUGCAGAGUAGUCACCAGAAGGAGCAAGGCAGCCGUCGAACUGUCUAUUUGACCUACGAGCAGGCCAAUCAUGAUUUCUCCAAGACUGUGGAAGAUCUGCUCAAUGACUGGUCUAAGAUUGUCUAUCUGUAUGCGUUGGUCUAUGAUUUUGCAGAUCAUAUUAAAAACAAGCGUCAUUCCCUAACCGAUAUGCUGGUGGUUAAGUCGUACAGCUUUAUGAAUCUUCUUGUUGGCUAUGGACCCAAAAAGGAAGUCAGUUGCAAUAUCUAUUGGUCGGUGCAAUCACAUGGAUUCCGACUUACCUUUGUAGGCGGCAUGUCGGCGGUGAAUGCGCACUCCAUGAUGCGGGAUCAGCUAGCCCAGCAUUUAAAUCAGCAGCACAGCUUAACACAAGUAGCUCACAUUCUGCAUGAGACCUACAGUCCAAUGAGUUCCAUAGCUAAGUUGCCUGUAUUGCCAAUAUUGGGGGUUCCUCGCCCCAAUGUUCCAGUACUUUCAUUCUGCAUGCUUCCCCAAUCACCCUGUCUGAUGAGAUUAACCUACCAAGCGGUGUACUGCCUGGAAUUGCGGUUUCGUGCUAAUCGUUUGGUAUCCAUUCGCGAUGGGGCCAGCAGCCGGUUUGAGAGGAAUGUAAUUGAGGAAUUCACACCCAUCCAGGGCUUAAAGGCAUUCUUGUCGAAAUAUGUGGAUGAGUCGGCUAUGUACAGAGGCAGGGCGCCACAUGAAGAUGAUAACCCCUUGUCGCCGAUGGGGAUGGAGGAUAAUUUCGGCGGGCCCAGCAGUGUGGCUGGUGUCAGUGCUGGAGGAUCCUCACCUUUCCUGGGAGCUGGUAUGCGGGGACCACAAUCGCCGCGGGACAGUGGACUUCGUUUUCCUGCUCCUCACACGCCGCCGUCAAGCUCAAAUCCUCACACACCAGCUAGUCCUCAUCCAGGUGCUGGUGGUGGUGGUGGCGGCGGAGGUUCCACACAGGGUCACGGCAAUUUUAAUCUAACCUCACCUCCGGCUCCACAUAUGCCGCAUCCGUCACCUGGUGGGCUUAUGCCCUCAUCUCCGCUUAACCCUCAGCCGAGUCCGCAUAUGGUGCACAGUCCAGGCCCCAAUACUCUCUAUAUGCCAAGUCAUCAGGACUCACCCUUUACGGCCAUGUCGCCGGCAAAUAACAAUUGGCCAGGUUCCCCUAGCUUGCCACGACCUUCGCCUAGGCCAGGACAGAGUCCCGAGCAUAAAAGCACAGGCGGAGGUCCAGUUGGCGGGCCAAGUGGCUCAGGUGGAGGUGGCACACGAGGCAGUCUCAACCGUCCAUGGGCUGGGGCAGUGCCCACUCUGCUCACACACGAGGCAUUAGAAACCAUUUGUCGACCAAGUCCCCACCCGAAUAAGGAUAUAAAUGUAACUGAUAUGAGUCCGUUGGAACGGUUUCUGGGCUGUGUAUACAUGCGACGACAGCUCCAUCGCAAUAUUCAAAGCGAGGAGACUCUCACAGCUCUUAACUCGACCGAACCCGGCGUAGUGCUCUUCAAAGUAGAUGGCCUGCAGUGUCAGGUAAUGCUCAACCAGAUGCACAUGCAGUCCCUGCAUCUAAAGGUCACGCAAUUGCCACCCAUGCCGGAUAAGCCCACUUUCCAGCUAAGCCCCGAUGAUCUGCUGGUCAUUGAACAAUAUUUUGACACUCGAGUGGCUGCCCCACCUUAUCGUCCCAAUUCCUUGCACAGCAUUUGCCGCCUACUCAAUAUGCCCGCUCAAGUUUUGAAAGAUUUUGUGCAAAUCAUGCGUCUGGAACUCAAACCUGAGUUGGGUGGCGAUCAUUUGAAGUGGACCGUGCAGAUGUGCAUGCGAAUGCCUCCGUCGGCUGUACCCAUUGUGCCCAGCGGGAAUGCUUGUGUGGUUUUGGGCAGACUCAAGAUUCUCUUCUUCCUGCAUAUCACCAAGAUCCCGUACAAUGGCAAGGACUGGAAGGAUAGCCCAUCGCUGGUUCUGCCAAUUGUCUAUGACAUUACGACAAAUAUCACGCAAAUGGCCGAACGACGAGAGCAGGUGCAAUCCCCAAUGAUGACAACGGCCAGCACACUGCUGCGACGCUUUGCCGAAUACAAUGUCCAGACAAAUCAGUGCUCUCUUUUCCCGGCCAUCACAGACCUGCUCACAAAUCUUCAACUAAAUACUACAGAUUUGCCACCGCCUCAACCCAAUCAAGCGAUUGGACCACCGGUUGGCGUCGGUGUCGGUGGAGUUGGUGUCGGUGUUGGAGGAGUUGGCGUUGGUGGAGUUGGCGUUGGAGGAGUUGGCGUUGGCGUUGGUGGAGUUGGCGUUGGUGGCGUCGGUGUUGGUGUGGGUGUCGGUGUGGUUGGCUCAAGUCCCAAUCCCAUGAUGCCCAUGCAGCAAUUGCAACCACAGGUCGGUCCCCAAGGUCCCGUUGGCCCUGGUGGCUACCCGCAGUUGGGUCCAAAUCCCGGCGGUCCGCAGUGAUGAAGGCGCAAGCGCCGCGCCUCCUCACAACAACAGUGAGGCGGGCAAUCGAAACGGCGGACCAACCUAACCAACCAACCCAAUUUAGUUACUUAACUUCAUCAACACUUAUUUAUAAUUAAAAUUUAUAUCUUUUAAGCUUAUCAAAAGUUGUUAAACCCUUCCCCUCCCAAAAAAAAAAAAAAACAAAAAAUAUAUAUAUUUAUCAAAUGCUGCGUUUAGGUACGUAAUAACUACUGUAA